AUGAGGCCCACGGACGAGGAGGCCAUGGCGCUGUGUGCUCAGGCCUAUGCCGUCACGCUGGGCUCGCAGAAGACCGUGUACGAGCGCGUCCGCCACCAGGGCGUCACGAUGCGCCAAGUCAGAGAGUUUUGCCGACGUUCCGCGGCCUCGGCGGUCGACGGGAGCGGCGGGCGGAGGCUUCAGGCGCUGAACUGGAGCCCCUGGCCCUCAAGCACGAUCCCCGGCCGCGUCCUCUCGAUGGACGUCCUCGACUACUCGAAGCAGCCGAUUCUCGACGUCUUUGCGGGCCUCUCCGUGCCGUACGCGGUCCUCAUCGUCGACACGGCGUCGCGCCUGGCCACCGUGCUUCCUGCGCUGGACAAGAAGGGCUCGCUCCUGGCGUCCACCAAGGUCCUUCUCCAGUGCUAUCCCGACUGCUGGAAGGUCUUUUGCGACGGAGAGGGGUCGUGGGCGUCGGACGACUUCAAGGCGUGGCUGGCGGCCCGGAAAAUCGAGCGCGUCCUCUGCUCCCAUACCUCGCACGCGGAGUCGUGCAUCCGGACCUUGAAGUUGAAGAUGGCGCGCGCGAAGGUGGUGGGUCCGGUCACCUGGCAGACGUUGCAGGAGGUCGUGAUGCUGUACAACUCGCAGAAGCACAGCAGCAUCGGCAUGAGCCCCCUUGAUGCACACGGCGACCCGCACCGGUGCGCGCUCGCCAUCAACCGGGCUCUCGAGGCGCGCGGGGCUCAGGAGCUGCCAGAAGACCUGCGUGGCAAGCUCGCGCGCAUCGCGGUGCGCGGCAAGAAGAAGGGGGGGGCUGCCUGGAGUUCACAGGUAUACAAGGUGCUGGGCGGGUGGGUGCACAUCCGACUGGAGCCCCUGGAGCCUCGCCCUGGCCAGAAGGAGAUCGUGCGGGGCAGGAAGGAGGUGCUGAUCGUGCAGGAGUGA